AUGCAUCUCAAGGCCGCCACGUUUACACUUCUUGCCCUCGGUCUGGGACCAGUCAUUGCCACCCCAAUGGCAAACGAGGACGUUGCAAGCCCCGACUAUCAAUAUCUGGUGAAGAAGACCCAGGAGGACGUUGCGAAACCUGAUUACCAAUAUUUGGUCAAGAAGACCCAGGAGGAUGUCGCGAAGCCUGAUUACCAGUACCUGGUGAAGAAGACCCAGGAGGAUGUCGCAAAGCCUGAUUACCAGUACCUGGUGAAGAAGACCCAGGAGGAUGUCGCAAAGCCUGAUUACCAGUACCUGGUGAAGAAGAACGAAGAGGACGUUGCGAAGCCUGACUACCAGUAUCUUGUCAAAAGGUGA